ACAAUAGAUCCAAUCUUUUUCUCAAUACUCUUCUGAUUUAACAUAAUCAUUUCGUUGCUCAUUGGUCCUGUAAGCCGAGAAAAUCGUAAACAAUCUGCAUGCCUACGUGAUAUUUCUAUCUCUACAGCCUGACACAUCUGGCUUCGAACGGGUAUAAAAGGGGUCCCGCGGGACGAAGUAAACAGAUUCAACAAGACUUGGGACUUUUUGAAACUAUUUUCUGAUAAAAUGUCUGUUGCUAUUGAUCACGAUCAAACUGCUAAGUGGGACUGGCCAUUCCAGAAAGGAGAUGGAGUUGUUAAGGUUCUGGACUACGAAGACCAUUUCGAGGUUGGACUUGAGGCUCACAACUUCUUGCCAAACGAGAUUGAUGUGAAGAACAUUGGAGAAUUCCUUGAGAUCCACAUGGCUCACACAACCAAAGACGAUAAGUUUGGAUCUAUCACCCGCAGUAUUACCAGAUGCUAUAGACUUCCAAAGGGAACCGAUCCAGCUACCAUCAAGAGCAAGUUGGAUGGCAGCGGAAUCCUUCACAUCUCCGGAAACAAGAAAAAGUAAAUACAACAAUGAAUCUGUAGUCAUUUUGUUAGAAAUUACAUAACUGGAUGUAUCACUUUCUGUUAUUCAUUUGACAACUGCCGUUUACAAUAAAUGAAUUUGCAUUC